CAAAUGGCUAAUACCAGGCAAAUGUUGUACCUUUGUCUCAUCUCUUUCUCCUAUCUCGAUCGGUAAUUUUACUCAUUAGGGUCUCUCUGUUUCUGGGCAAAUUUUCUUCAUCUCCGCCGUUUUGCUUCAAUACAGAUUUCUGGGAUUUUUUUUACCGAUCAAAUUUAGGUUUUCGUUUUCACUCAGAACCUUAGAAACCCUAAUUUUGAUACAUUAGCUUUAGAGAACCUUCCAUCGGAUCCGUGUACAAUAAAAAAGUUUGCGUUUUUUUUUUCCUUAAAUCGAUUGAACGUGUUUGAAGAUGCCUCCAAAGCAACAACCAAAGGCUGAUUUGGCGAAGAAGCAGAAACAAGUGGAAGACAAAACUUUCGGAUUGAAAAACAAGAACAAGAGCAAGAAUGUUCAGAAGUAUGUUCAGAGUCUCAAGCAAUCUGUUCAGCCUAAACCCGAUGCAACUAAAGCUGCAGCUAAGAAAAAGAAAGAGGAAGAGAAAGCGAGAGAACAGGAAUUGAAUGAGUUGUUCAAGGUAGCUAUUAGUCAGCCCAAAGUUCCUGUAGGUGUGGAUCCAAAGUCUAUACUCUGUGAGUUUUUCAAGGCCGGGCAGUGUCAAAAGGGUUUCAAGUGCAAAUUCUCUCAUGAUUUGAACAUUCAAAGGAAGGGUGAGAAGAUUGAUAUUUACAGUGAUACGCGUGAUGAAGAUGGAGAUAUGGAUGAGUGGGAUCAAGAGACCCUUGAAAAGGUUGUUGAAUCAAAGAAAAAUGAAUAUAAUCAGAAUAAGCCAACAGAUAUCGUUUGCAAGUAUUUUCUGGAUGCUGUGGAAAAGAAACAGUAUGGGUGGUUCUGGUCAUGCCCCAAUGGUGGCAAAGAGUGUCAUUACAGACACGCGCUUCCUCCUGGAUAUGUCCUUAAAUCUCAAAUGAAAGCCCUCUUGGAAGAGGAGUCAUCGAAGAAGCUGGCAGUUGAGGACGAAAUCGAAAACGAGCGUGCAAAACUGCAAACCGCAACACAAAUGACUCCUGCACUAUUUAUGGAAUGGAAGAGGAAGAAAAUUGCUGAGAGAGAUGCCGGUUUGGCUGCUUCUCAAGCGGAGAGAGCUAAGAACGACCGUAUGAGUGGUCGGGAGCUGUUUCUGUCCAAUGCAAGCUUGUUUGUGGAUGAUGCUGAGGCUUGUGAAGAAUACGAGAGGGAAAGAGAGCAGGAAGAGACUGAACAAAAGGCAAAGAACAAAGAAGCAGAGGCAGGGACAAGCAAGAGUAGUGGUGAUGCUGAACAGAGUUCGAAAGAAGUCAAUGAAGAAGAAGAAGAUGACGAUGAUGAUGAUGAUGACCUAGACAUGGAUGAGCUGGAUGAAUUGGAAGCAAGCUUGUCGAAAACAUCGAUCCAGAUUCGUGAGCCAAACGACGAAGGGUCAUCUUGAAAUGAAAAAUGGUCUAAGAGGAAGAGGUGGAGGAGAGAAAGCACAUGUUUUGUUUUUGUGUACUUUCAAUAGAUUGGAUUUUGCAGACACAAACCCCAUUUUGGGGUGUUGAAUAAUUUCUGUUACUGUUUUACAGUCUUAAAUGGCCUCAUCAAAGAACUAGUAGUAUCUUUUUUGUCCAAUCAUUUUCAUCUUUCUUUGUUGUUGUUAAUUUUAUCAUGAUGUGUAAAUAAAAGGUCGUAAACUUACUAGAGAAAAUAAAAACUACAGAAAUGUAUUAAAAACAAAGAAUUUUAAUCAAUUCUUAUGAAUAU